UCAGGAAGGUUUAAAGUGAGGAUUAACAGAACACAUCAGCAUUCAUACUGCAUAUAUAACAGCCUUUAAGCUCUGUUGUGUGUGAUCCGCUGAAGAUUAGGUCCAUUCCUUGGACCGGUCAAAGUCUUUGGUCUCUUUCCUAUUUACUUUAGUUACAUCAUCAGUCAGGAGGGGAUAUAUGCUGUUGAGAGAGAGGAGACUGUUGUUUUAAAGUGUGCGGAAAGCUGUGAAGAGGCAUAACAAAAUCAAAACCGAGGGCUGGAGAUAAAAACUGGUAGUCGUGUAUAAGAGGCCCAGGAGGUAGAAGCUUAAGAAAAUUAAGAUCAGAGCCACCUAGAGGAUGAAGAUGUGUGCUGCUGCUGCUGCUGCUGUUGUUGUCCUGCUGAGUCUUUUCUCAGUGGGACUCUCAGCUCCUCUAACCAGCUGUGAAAGUCUGUUAAAACCAAUCACCAUCACCAGAGAGGAAGUAAGUAUGUCUGCUUUCUUUGCACAUCUGAUCUAAUCAGGUAAUGGAUAAAGACUACAGUGGGUUACUAAGCUGUGCCACUAAUGCAGUUUAAAUGUCUUCAUAUGAGCAAUAAAAUAUGUGGAAAAGGUAGUUGGAAAAUCAUUGAUAAUAUUGUGCCACAUAUGCCUGAAUAUGUCUGUAUUUUCCGAAGAAACAACAGUAUGUAUGUAUAUCUGUAUCAGACUCUAAAUGCUGUGCAUGUGUUGCAGAUUUUGGGAAGGUGGAUGUACAUUGGGGGGAGCUCCAACAUCCCUGGAAGUCGCUCUGUUGCUCACCUGAUGACCAGUGUUUGGGUGGACCUCAGCGCAACCUCUCAGGAAAAUGUCCUCAGUCUCCUCCAGAGUCAAAAGAUGUAAGUAAACACCGACACCAUCACACCAGAGGCUACAACUAGUUUGUGCUUUUAGGAAUCCAAAGUGAAGCUCUUCAGAUUUUGAAUUAUCCAACUUCAUAUGCUUUUAAAAUCAAAUACCUACCUGCGACAUAAACAGGAAAUGUUCAAAGAGGAGCUUGACUUGUUUGAAGUACCAGGAUGUACAUUUCAGGGAGCCUCCUGUGUGUUUACCCAACCAGAGCAGUUUUUGUCAGCCUCAGUCUACAAAUUUGUUACACAUUCACAAACAUAAUGCCCAUUUUUUUUCAUUGUGCCUCCUGCAUCAGUUGUUUUUUUUGUCUUCACAGAUAUGGGGAUUGUUCAAGCUUUUUAUACAACGUGACCUUUCAAAACAGCGUAAUGUUGAUUGGUAAGUGAGAACAUAUUUCAGACCGUUAUUAAAAAGUGGAAUCAGCUUUUAGUCUUACAUAAAAGUGACAUUGCUGUACCUCACACUGAAUUUUCCACCUAAUGGCCAGCAGGGGGCCGCUCCAGAGGCAGCGGACAGAAUUUAGAGUGCAUUGACGUCUAUGAAAGAAAUAUAUACCCUUCCUCUCAUGACAUUUGUUAACUCUGUAAAACCCUUUUUUUUUUUGUCAACAGAGGAACCUUUCUUCCUCAAGGAGGUCUACUUGCCCACUGAGUGCCCCGACUGUCUCCUUGCCAUUGAAGAUAUCGUCUCUGGCACAGAUAAUUUCCGAAGCCUUCUUCUUUUUAGUAAGAUUUUCUUUUACUUAUUAGCUGAAAGUAAUUUAUCAUUUAAUCUCUUAUAAAAGUAUAUUAAUCUUUUUUUUUGUCUUAUCAGGCAGGAGCAAAAGUGUCCCACCGGCUAUGAUAGAAAUGCUGAAAAGACAAGCAGUGUGCCUACAGAUGCCCUCACCGAUAAUAAUGAAGACAGACGAGGGUAAACAUAAGUGUCUCCUAUCCUUUUAACUAUUUUUUGUUUUAACAAUAUCACACAAUAUGUUUUUUUGUGGCUCAUUUUUACCACGUAUGAAUACAGAACCCUGCCGAGACGACAUAACACCUGAAGAGGGGCUCGACACCUUGAACAAGUUGUUGGAGUCAAAGAUGGGACUUCGGGUUGCAAGAGUCCUGGAUUCUUUAUUUGAUUAUUUUUGGAACUGAUUGGUUUUGACCCUUUAUAUUGUUUCAUUUAAACAAAAAUAAUAACUAGUUUGACACUGAUGUGCAAAUGACUGAACAAUCUGCUUUGUUUCUCAUGAACAUAAGCUAAUGUAGUUGUUAUCAUAUUGAAUAAGAAUGUAUAAAUAAAAAUGAAACGCAAACAUUUUAACCUCUUAAAAGAAGUCACUAAUUUACUCAUCUUAGUAAGGUUGGUGAAAUUAUUGGAUGUAUUGAGUGUAUUUGAUCAAGUAAACAGCUGAUAAUAAAUUUGGUAAAUAGCUCACAAGCUAAAUUAGUCUAAUUUUUUAAUCAAAAGUCAACAGCUACCAGCACAAGUUUGAUUAAAUCUCACAUGAAUUAUACAGUUCACAUACCCGUACACACACAGAGCUCAUUAAUUUGCCUAUUUAUUCAUUACAAGGCCUAUUUGCCAAUGACACCUGAUAUAGCGUAACACAUUAGUGGUCAAUGAUGAGAAAUAAAAGCAUCUGUAUAUGUUGGAAA